AUGUCCGACCUUCAGAAUGAGGAGACUAUCCAGGACAGACGUCAGCGGCUGUUGUCGACCCCCAAAGCAUGUGAGGGGUGCCGGAUCCGCAAGGUUCGCUGCGACCGUUCCGAUCCUUGCGCAAACUGUCGCACGGCCGGUAUUGUAUGCCAGCAGGCAGGAUCCGCCAAGGUUGAAAACCGCGUGAAGCCUGAUAAAACAACGAAAUUGGAGGGCUUGAUUGAACGCUUGGAUUUACGCCUUGGCCGAAUCGAGGAUCAAUUGAAAGAUCAGAGUCGCCAGCCAACGCCAGAAAGUAUUGUCAUUGAUUCACGUCCUACGCGGCUAUACGAAGGAGCUUCAUCCUUUGCAAACCAGUCAGCGUAUGCCACCGAGGUUGCUCAGCUCACAGCGUCUACCCAGGGCACCGUGGAGCAGGACAAUCUAACCGCAUCUUUCGAUGACCUGAAGUCACUGCUUCAGCCCUCCACUACUUUAGAAGAUUUCCAGUUUUCGCGAAGCAAUGCCUUUCGACCAAUGCCGGCGAUGACACUUGUGCCUUCCGCAAUUGUUGCGGAUAUUGUGCGGUCUUUCAAGGUCCGCAUACCUUACUUUCUCUUAUCUCGACCGGUAAACGACCUAAAUUUGAUCGAGAAAUUAUUUCGGAAAGUUUAUUUUCCGACAGAAGCUUUAUCUGUCGGCCAUGUUACAGCAAUGCAUGGUGUUUUGUUCUAUCUGCUCAAGGAAUUUAUCAACUUCAAGGACCCAUUGGCGGAGAAAUAUGAUUUAUCUCCACACCUGGAAACUUGUGAGAAGAAUUUCAGUGCCGGUAUUGAGACAUAUGAAAUUCUCGUUGUCCCUAACUUUGAGAAUACCCUCUCUUUGCUAUUGGCAGUUAUCAAGGCGCAAGAUGAAGCGAACGUGUUGUUGUCCUCGACCCUUAUUUCAGUGGCAUCUAGACACUGUCUCAUGCUUGGCUAUCAUCGUUCUCUCACAUACCAAAAUCAAAAAGCCGACAUGGCGUCGAAUAUUUGCAGACUGUUUUGGACUGUGUAUCUCCUCGAUAAAAAUAUGUCACUACUCCUUGGACGGGCGUCUUGCAUACAGGACUACGAUAUUGAUAUUCCCUACCCAACCUGUUCUGACGACCCGACAAUAAGGGCCUGGGAUGAAGGGUGGCUUAAUUUCCUUUCGCUAGGCAGAUUGCAAGGCCAGAUUUAUGAUCGCGUUUAUUCGGCGGCAGCUCUGAAGUCGGCUCCUGAGGUUCGCGCUCAUAGUAUCAAUGAACUAGCCCAGGAGGUACACCAGUGGCAUCAGCGGCUAUACCAAGUGGAUUGGAGUAGCGUAAAAUUGAAAGACCCCGCCAUCCUACAGAUGUCUCAGCGGACGUGGGACGUCACGUAUUACUCCGUCCUCACAUCAUUAUUGCGAGGAUCGUCAACAUCACCAACCACCCCAGAGAUAACUUCGCAAUGUUUCAAAGCCGCACGCUCAGCUUUAGAAACUCAUCUUGGAUUCUUUCCAAUGUGUCUUGAAUCAGAAUAUGUAUCUGUCCGCGACUACGCAAAUUGGUUGAUGCUCUACGCGUCUUUCACUCCGUUCAUCGUCAUAUUCCUGCAUGCAAUCGCAGCUAGCAGCGCCGAAGACACAAAACUUCUUGAAGACGUCGUCCGCACCCUCCACCCAACGAAGGACACAUCCAAGGCCUGUAGCCGCCUGUACCAAAUUUGCACUAUAUUCGCACGUGUCGCGCGCAGACUGGUUGAGAGUAGGCACUCGUUUCUGGGGACAUACAAUGCGCAGGACGACUCUUUGCUCUUGCUCAACGAUACGGGAAAUAUAUCUCUUUUUGAUCCUGGGUCACUGCAGGAUUACUUCUCGGCUGAAAUAGAUAUGCUGGAUCAGUUUACUUACUCCGAGGCAGAGAAUAUGUCUGCGAUAUUGGGAAAUUGGGCAAGUGGGCAGCCGCCGACGGUGGACAUGCUAGGGAUGGGAAUGGAGUAA